AUGGCUGUCACUUCCUCCUCUAUGCUGCUUCGGAACUUCUGUACGGCGGGUAGGAUUGUUCAGUCUGUUCGAGUAAAUUCGAGAAUCUUCUCCACUGGGGAAUUGAUUAGGGUUCUUCCUCGAAUUGGUUCUCCGAGAUCCAUCUGUUCUACUCUCGCCGCGCACAAUGAAGAGGCGGCUGCGAAAGCUGCGGCUGCUGUUGCUGACACCGGAGCUCCGACCAUAUUUGACAAGAUCAUAGCAAAAGAGAUUCCAUCAGACAUUGUCUAUGAAGAUGAAAACGUUUUGGCAUUCAGAGACAUAAACCCACAGGCUCCUGUUCAUGUUUUAGUCAUCCCCAAGUCGAGAGAUGGCUUGACAAUGCUUAGGAAGGCUGAACCAAAACACGUAGAGGUUCUUGGCCAACUUCUGCACGCAUCGAAGAUUGUUGCUGAGAAAGAAGGCAUCCUCGGUUCGUUCCGUGUGGUUAUCAACAAUGGUGCUGAAGCCUGUCAAUCUGUUUACCAUCUUCAUCUGCACGUCCUCGGGGGCCGACAGAUGAAGUGGCCACCCGGUUAA